AUGUCGAGUUCUCAAACUUCUUCUCCUGCAAAGAACGACGACACCACACCUUCAUAUAACUCUCUUCCUCAACAAAUCACCAUCGCCUAUCCACUUUCAACGGUGUUUCCUGAUGAUAUAGUGAAGACGAAGAAGACCACACCGAAGAAAAGCUCUAAACGAAGUCAAUCGACUUCUCAUGUGCCAUCUGAAUCGAAGAAAGGCGGUAAGUGUUCUAAAUCUAAAUCUACUCUUAAAGCGGUUCAUACAAUGCGUGAAUUGUACCUUGACAAUCCUGCUACUGCAAAUGUUGAUGUUAAUGUUGAAGCAUCUAAUUCUAGUAAGAAGAAUUUAAGUUUGGAAUUGGAUUUAACUGAAACCCUAGGAUUAGAAAAACCUAGGUCUGCUGAGAAAUUGGGGGAAACCUCCUUGGAAAACCCUGAUGUUGCUGUUGAUGAUAUUGGCGCUAACUCUAAGGCCAAUCUUGUGUCUGAGAUGACAGUUGAUGAGAAUGCAGGUUCUGGGCUAGAUGCUGCAAAUGAUGCUACAGCAUCUGCAGCACAUGUUGAUAUUAGUGCUUCUGUAGUCCCUGAGUCACCAAACUCUCCUGUGGCUCCUGUUCAUGAAGAAGGGACUAAAACCACCAUCCCUGCUGAUGUCAUUACUCAGGAUAAGGGUGAAACUGCAAGUAUGCCUGAUACAAGUGAGGCAAAUGUAAUCGAUGUUGAAAGCCUCCAAUUCAAGAGUACUCCUAGGGCUGCCACUCCUUCUGAAGCCACCAAAACUAAAAUUGGGCCUAAGAAACAGUGGAGCAAUGUCACUAUACCCUCUGGAAGUAAGAAGAAGAAGAGAAAAACUAUCUCCUCUAGUGACUCUGACUAUGAGGAAGAUCAAGAUGCUGAAGCAUCUCCUGCAGCAUCUCCUCAGAAGUCUGCCAAGAGAAAAAGAAUGGCUCCUAAUGUCCCAUCUGUACCAAUUGAUAAUGUCUCCUUUCAUUGUGUUGAGUAUGUUGACAGGUGGAAAUUCGUGGUCAAGAGAAGGAUGGCCAUUGAAAGGAAUCUAACUGAAGAAUUCUUGAAAUGUCAAGACAUUAUGAAUCUGAUAGAGGAGGCAGGGCUGAUGAAAACUGUAUCUGAGUUGGGUAAGUGCUAUGAUAAGUUGACUAGAGAAUUUUUAGUAAACAUCCCAGCUGACUGUGAUGACCCCUUAAGUCCUGAAUACUUAAAGGUAUAUGUGAGGGGCAAAUGUGUUGAUUUCUCACCAGCCAUCAUCAAUCAACAUCUGGGAAGAUGUGAUGUUCCUGCACCUGAAUUGGAGAUAUCUAUGAAUGAGGUAUGCAAGACUAUAACUGGUGACAAAGUGAGAAUAUGGCCAAGAGCUGGAAAACUAUCUGCUGCAAAAUUAACUACAAAAUAUGCUCUGCUAAACAAAAUUGGUGCAGCAAACUGGGUCCCCACUACACACUCCAACAGUGUAGCUACAGGGGGAGUAAUAUCUGUUGUGCAUGGUGUGAUGAAGAAUGCUAUAGCAUCUAGUAUAGCAUGUUGUUUUAUGAUGCAUAUGUUGAGGGGGAGUGAAGUUUAUGCAUGUUUUGAGGAGGAGUGA